AUGGCAGCUUAUCACGAUGAAGUGGAGAUAGAGGACUUCGAGUAUGAAGAGGAGACGGAGACGUAUUACUACCCUUGUCCCUGUGGGGAUCGGUUCCAGAUCACCAAGGAGGAACUGGCCGCAGGGGAGGAGGUGGCCACGUGUCCCAGUUGUUCCCUCAUCGUCAAGGUCAUCUAUGACCCUGAGGAUUUUCAGCCGUCUGAGGAAACGGCAUGUGAACGGACCAAGGGCAAAACCCUCGUCACUGCUUGA